AUAGUCUAAUUUAAUAUUAAUGAGUAGCGACAUAAAGAAAUAAAUGAAUGAUUUUCGCAUGGCUCAUUUUUCAGUUGGUUUUGAUAAAUGUAUAGUGAAUAACAUUUGUUGUUAGCUUGUGGUAGCACAAAUUAUCUUGAUGAUUAUACUGCAAAAAAACCGGAUAAAGUAUUACCAGCAACUGAAGAAGCUAAGAAUUUUGAAGCAUAUAUUGCAAAUCCUCGAAAAGCUCAUUUUGAAUUAGGAGAAGACAAUGUUAAUUAUUAAUCUAUUGCAAAAUUAUCAUUUAAUCCAAAAGAAUCAUAGAAAGCACAACUGUCUGAAGAAACUUAGAAAGAUUUACGUAAUCAUCAUUUUAAGUUGGGAUUUCACAGUGUUCCAAGUGAGACUGAAUAUUAGUAAUAUAAGAAUUAGCCUUUGGAUAUUCAAAAGAAGUAAUAAGUAAAUAUUCGUAAACAUCAUCAUGAUUUUGGAGAUUUGAAAACAUAUUUUACAACAACAUAUUAAGAUACAAAUAAAGAAUAUAAAGUUGAAAAAGAGGAAUAUCAUGCUCCAGAUAUUCGUAAGACAAAUAUCAAUAUAGGAAAUGUAUGAUUAUUAGUUCAUUUUAGAAUUAAAUGGAUUAUACAACUCAUUAUAGUAGAUAUCAUGAUGGUUAAUAGAAUCCCAAGACUAAUGAGAAAGGAAAUUUGGAAAAGUUUUUGAAAGAGUCUCAUUUAGUAUUGGGUGAGGAUCCUACUGUUAAAAGUUCAUAAAAUAAAGAUGCUUUUUAAGGAUUAUAGAAUAAGGAGGUUAUAAAAGUCAAUAAAGAUGUUUUAUUGGAUUUAAGAACAGCACAUUUUGAUUUUGCUUAUUAAAAAUCAGAUAUGCCUUAAACAACAAAAUAAUCAAUGUUUUAAAAAACAGCUAUUGCUGUAUCAUAACCAAGUUUACCAAAUUGUUCUUUGACAAUAGGAACUCAUGGAUUCUUGAAUGAUAGAUAUUAUUAAACAAGUUAUGCUACUAAUUAUGCAAAUCCAAAUACUUAGAAACCAGAAUUUGCAAAAGAUCCAAGAAUUACAGCAGUAAAGUUUGGAGAUGAAUAAGUAGAUUAUAAUACUGAAAAUAAUAGAAAGUAAUAAUAAUAUAAUAUUUAAGUUAUUAAAUUCCAGAGAAAGUUGAAUAGUUUAAAUUAGAUAAAACUUAAAUAAGAGAUUUAAGAUAACAUCAUUUUGAAUUUGGAAAUGAUCCUGUUGAAUAUCCAUAAAAAACAAGUCAAAUAACUCCACAUCCUAAUACAUUAAGUGAAGAAUAACUAAAAGAUUUAAGAAGAUAACAUUUUGUUUAUGGAAGUUAAUUAGGCACUUAUAAUACUCAUAAUUCAUAAUAUGGUACUAAAUAAGGUCCACCAAAUAAAUUGGAUCCACAAUUAUAGAAGGAUUUAAGAACUCAUCAUUUUGAAGAAGAUGGAGAAAGAGUAUUUUAAACUUCUUACAGGGCCAUGUAGCCAAUAUAAUGA